UUUACGCGUUUUACCGGUCGUCCUGUAUACAACACGACGGAAAUGAUUCAUCGACAAAAACAGUGUAAAUAUCGUCAAAAUAUAAUAUUUGGGUAAACAUCGAAUGCGCCUACACUUUGAAAUUUUUUGUAGAAAAUAUUAUCGUUUUUGGUUUCGCGUUUCUUCUUGUUUAUUUUUUUUAACAAACACCACCGCAAGGUUUUGUUUUUCGAGUACAACUUUUUGUUUACUCACUCCGGAUUUUACAGCUAUAAGUCACACAAGUCACACGAGUCUAAACUUUAUAACGCAACCGUUUUAUGUAUACACCCGAAAAAAACAACGACCGCGACGGAUUCAAGAAUCUCUUUUACAACUUCAAAGGGUAACUUAAAGGAACGCAAAUCGACCGCCUUGCACAUUGCCACAAUGCCCAAAUCACUCACAGACAUGUCUAAUGAAGAGUCUAUCGGAUAUGAUUUCAUAAAUAUAGUCGGCGUGAGAUGGCACGUUAGAAUAGCAUACUUUAAUUCGUUAAAAGACUUUUACGUUCACAAAUUGAACGAUCUUAAAGUCCUCCAAAACAUCAAGGCGGAGGUUCAGUCAAUCAAGAGUGAACUAUUGAAAUUUGAAUGUGUACACAUCGGAGAUCUAGUGGCGGCCCAAUACAAUGAUGACGGUGUUUGGUAUCGAGCCAAGGUGAUAAGUAUUCAAGAAACUGAUUGUAGGGUACAAUUUGUUGACUACGGUAAUACCGAAACAACGUCGAACAUCAAAAGACUCCCGGACGAACUGGUGAAGGUAUUGCCAUUGGCUCACCCGUGCGUUCUCGACAACAUCGAUUCUGAAGAACAAGUAUUGCUAAAUAAUUAUGGCAUGGCUGAAGUAAUUGCCGAUUUUAUGUCGUACAACGAUAUGAUUUUAGAAUUCCUCAACAACUCGAAACCUCAUAUAAUAAAAAUGACUUGGGACGGUCGCAAUAUAAAAGAAAUAUUGAACAACAUGAUUGCGUUCGGCAUUACUCGACAGAUAUAUGAAAAACUGAAAACAUUUGAUCAACUUGGAUCAAAACAGCCUGUAACGAUUAUAAAUAUUCAGUCAAUUGGCGAGUUUUACGUGCAAACGGAAGUUGAUAAAAACCUUAAGAGCCAGGUUGAUGAUGAACUCAACGGCAACACAACAUGGCAUCCCGUAGUCGACGUCAAAGUGGGAAAAGAGGCCGUAGCCAAAAGUGUAGAAGACAAUAGUUGGUACAGGAUAAGAGUGUUGGAAGUGCACGAUGACGUAUUGUGCACGUGCUAUUUCGUCGAUUACGGAACCCAAGGAAUGUGUUCGGACUUCUACGAAGCCCAGGGUAUUGUGGAGUCAACGCCACCGACCAUCAAACGGUGUAUGCUAAAUAUGACUGACGACCAUAAACGUUUUUUCGGUGAAAGUUUGAUGAAAAGUUUUGUGGACGAGAUGAAAAUGUGCCAAGAACAAAGCAUAACCAUGUCGAUAGUGAAAGCGGGCGAACCGUGUGUGGUGGACAUCGAAGUAGACGGUGUCCACCUUGCGGAUAUUUUAAAACCUCUUGCCGUAGUCGUCACUCAAAUUACGCACGUCAACGCACUAACCGUACAGUUGGUCACAGCCGGCAGACGUGGGAUUUUGAACCAGCUUAACAAAGUGAAGUCGUUAAAUUUGGUGAAAUCGCCGAAGGUGGGCAAGUUGUAUGCAGCUUACAUAAACGCAUCUUGGGUGCGCGUAAAAUUGGAAAAGAUAGGCCAGAAAAAGAUGAUGGUCGCCACUCUGGUCGAUUUUGCCGGCGAGAUGGCGGAAGUCGAUCAGUUGUUCUCACUGCCGGAACACAUUGCGAACGCGAAAACAAUGAUGCUGCAUUGUUCGCUCGGUUUGGACGAGCUGUUAUACAGUACCAUAAAAUUGAGAUCGUUGUGCAACAACGGCACGACGGAAUUCACAAUGAUCAUUACUGCGCACAAUGUGCAAAGCGGUCACACGGUCGAUCUUUACAAGGACAACGUAAAUGUGUCAGGUAUGAUAAGACGAACAUUAAGUAAGUCUUCCAAUUGUUAAGUUUUGAUAAGUUAUAUAAGUUAUUAUUUAUUUAUAAUGUAGUUUAAGCUCUAAUUUAUUCACAAGAUGUUCCAAUUUGACCAGUUUAUUGAUUUACAAGUGAAGACAUCGGAUUAGAUGUGUUCUGUAAAUUUAUAGUGAUAUUCUGUAUUAUUAUGUAUUACAAGAAGCAAUGUGUAUUUUAUUUUAUUUUUAUUUCAAAAAGAAUAUGUAAUAUUGUAACCAAUAUAUCUUUUUUUGUUUUGUUUUACUUUAAGCGCUUAAUAUAUUUGUUAUAAUAAUAUGGAUGUUCAUUCAGUAGACACCUAUUUUAUUUAGAAUCAUAUACUUUGUCUUUAAUGUCGUUAAAUGAGAUUUUUAACAAUGUUUCGUUGUCAUUAAACAUAUUGAAAAGUUACCGAAUAAAAAUUUGUUUAAUCAA